AGAGGUGUGUUUUCUUCACUUCUCUCACAAACACUCAGGUUCCCACCGAAUGGCGAAAAUGUGCGAAAAGAUCAACAGCGAAUAAACACAGAAACAGCGGAAAGGAAAAGAGAGAUCACCGGUUAGACAUCUGGGACAGCUCGUGUGUUGUGAAGUGGUGGGACGGUGAAGGCUGUGUUUCCAGUCGGAGGCAGCAGGAUGGGGAAUAGCAGCAGUGACCGGUCCAGUGGGGGCCAGGGGGACAGGUCAUACAGAGAUGGACAACAGGGAGGGAAAGAAGCUCGUCCCAACAUCAUGAUGGACAGCAGCGAGGAUGCAGACCUGUUCCAGAGAGAAGAUCCAAAGGCUCCACAGGAACUACAGGAAUUUCUGGCCUGGCAGCAGGACCUGGACAGCGACGGUAAAAGUCCUACACAAGCCAGACCGACUGUGUUCAGAUGGUCCGGAGCCGCCAAAGAAGUCUUUGUGUCUGGCUCCUUUAACAACUGGGUCACCAAGAUCCCCCUCAACAAAAGUCAGAAAAACUUUGUGGCUAUUGUGGACCUGCCAGAGGGAGAGCACCAGUACAAGUUCUGUGUGGACGGUCAGUGGAUCCUGGAUCCAACAGGGGCCGUGAUGACAUCUAAAACUGGAACAGUCAAUAACGUCAUACAGGUGAAAAGAACCGACUUUGAAGUCUUUGACGCCCUCAGGAUUGACUCAGAGGAUUCAGCAGACAUCUCAGACUUGUCCAGUUCUCCGCCUGGUCCCUACCAACAGGAGGCAUAUGUUACAAAACCAGAAGACAAGAUCAAACAUCCUCCUAUCUUACCUCCCCACCUGCUGCAGGUGCUGCUCAACAAGGACACAGGCAUCUCUUGUGACCCAACACUGCUUCCAGAACCCAACCAUGUGAUGCUCAACCACCUGUACGCCCUCUCCAUUAAGGACGGGGUGAUGGUUCUCAGUGCAACGCAUCGAUACAAAAAGAAGUAUGUCACCACUCUUCUCUACAAGCCAAUAUAAUCCACAGAGGUGGGAUCCAGCCUCUUGUUUUAUAAUAACAAUCUGUUGUUGUACACAGCUGCUAUUUGGAUUGUUUUGUUGAAGCUAGUCCUAAAUGUCUUUCUAAUAUCAGUUUAAAACAUCUGCCAAAGCUGUU